GCACUAUUGACAAUUCAAGAAAUUACAGACAUAUUGCAUUCUUCCCCACUAAAAAUUUGUCUUCAACUUCAAGCACUGUUACACGUGUAUUGCCCUCAAACGUUGAUGGGUUUCACCAACUGGCUUUUCUUAACAAUGAAUCCCUUUUUAAUGGGCACCCUGUAGCUUUUUACAUGAGAAAUAACGGUAUGCAAGGCCAAGAAGAGGUAGAACAAGAAGGAAGAGAAGGGGAUCAGUUUUCUGUUUUGGAAGUUUUAGUGAGUGUUUUUAGGAAAUCUUUGGUGGGUUAUCGGAGUACAUCGGCGGAGAGUGGCGGCGUUGAGAGGCUGAUGGAGAUUGGGUGGCCUACAAAUGUCAGACAUGUAGCUCAUGUCAUUUUUGAUAGGUUCAAUGGGUUUCUUGGGCUCCCUGUUGAGUUUGAACCUGAAGUUCCUAGAAGACCUCCUAGUGCAAGUACAAGAGUUUUUGGAGUUUCGACAGAGUCUAUGCAGCUUUCUUUCGAUUCCAGAGGUAAUUGUAUUCCCACAAUACUUCUAAUGAUGCAAAGACGCUUGUAUUGCCAAGGUGGACUGCAGGCGGAAGGAAUCUUUAGAAUUAACGCUGAGAAUGGCCAGGAAGAGUAUGUUAGGGAACAACUAAACAAUCGAGAGGUGCCUGAUGACAUUGAUGUUCAUUGUUUAGCAGGUCUUAUUAAGGCUUGGUUCAGAGAACUCCCUCGAGGGUUGUUAGACCCUCUUUCACCAGAGCAAGUUAUGCAGGCUCAAUCAGAAGAUGAGUGCACUCAGCUUGCAAGGCUACUGCCGCCUACAGAGGCUGCGCUGUUGGACUGGGCAAUAAAUUUAAUGGCCGAUGUUUCUCAGUUGGAACAUCUGAAUAAAAUGAAUGCACGUAAUAUUGCCAUGGUGUUUGCACCAAACAUGACUCAGAUGUCCGACCCUUUGACAGCAUUAAUGUAUGCAGUCCAAGUUAUGAAUUUUCUCAGGACUCUGAUAGAGAAAACCUUGAGAGAAAGAGAAGAUUCUGUUGUAGACGUAACUCGUGUACAACAAAUUGAGCCAGCUGAUGAAGAUGGUCAUCAUGGGACUGGGGAACCAAUGGCCCAGAAGGCCAUUGAGGUAAGUGAAAAUGACCAAGUUAAUGUGACAAAUGAACCACUACUUAAUGAUGCUGAAGACUCUUCCCAGGCAGAAUUUAACAGUACCAGCAAUGAAACGCCUUGUUUUCUAAGCUCUAUCGAGAAUAUCAUUCCUGAUGGAAAGGAACACAUGGCUGUGACUUGCCCCAUCAAUAUCACAAAUCAUGUUGACUCAACAAAUGAUAGAGUUGGAGACGGUAACACUUCUGUGAGAAUCAGACAGUCGCAAGCAAAAAGCCGGAGGACUAAAAUGGGCCAAUCGAGUAAGAACACAGCCAAGAAGGUUAUUCAGCCAACUGUAGUCCAUGUUUCCGAGAACUCAGAAAAGAGCAAGGAAAAAAGCAUCGCUAGCCUCUUAAGUUCACAAACAGAACGUGUUGAACCCUGGAGGUGAAGUUCGUCAAAUUAUGCUUUUGGACGAUGUCAGGGACGGCAAAUAUGCCAACUGAUGGAAGAUGUUAUAUGCAUUUUGAUUUCUGUUUGGAGAUCAUGUGCAGGAUUCAUUCAAUUGCUAUUCAAUUCUGCGUGGAGUUACUCUCGCAUUUCUUCAUCUUACUAUAGACUUCCUUCAGUAGCUUGUCCUACACAGUCUGCGAUUUCUCUAUUUGGUGCUGCAUAAUUUUGUAAUUCUCAGUGUAAUGAAUCUUGUUUAGCCAGAAAAAACCUAUAUUGUUAUUUCUUAAUGUAAUUUAUUUCAUCUUUUCCUCUCAA